AUGGCGAAUAACCUAAUCAAGAUCUCUCGAGUCGGCCCUGCAACAAAUUUGGUCGACCCUCUCAUUCUCCCACUCACUUUCUUUGAUCUGGUGUGGCUGACAGACAUUCCUACGAACCGAGUCAACUUUUACAAACUCACCGAGUCAUCUAGCGACUCCUUCUACUCCGUGAUCCUCCCCAAGCUCGAGCAAUCCCUUUCCCUUGUCCUCACACACUUUCCUCCUCUCUCCGGUCACGUCAAGUGGGACCAACAAGAUCCUAAGCCGCACAUCGUCGUCUUCCCGCAAGACGUGUCUCUCUCACAGUGGCCGAGUCCGACGCUGACUUCUCUCAUGUUUCCGGCAAAGGGCUUCCAAGGCUUUUGCAUCGGAGCCACAAUCAACCAUGCUUGCUAUGGACGGCAAAACUGUGGUGAAGUUUCUCAAACAUGGGCUCACAUCUGCAAGUACGGAACAACACCGCAAGAUAUUGAUUUACCUAUGCUUUUAGAUCGUACGGUCAUCAACAUUCCAGCGGAACUCGAAUGGAAGUUCUUCAAACUCCAGCCGUAUCUCUCACAGGACAAAGCCAACGCACGUGGAGACGAAGGAGAUCGACUAGUUCCUUUCACGUUCGUUGCUGAUUUCAGAGACCGGUUAGACCCGCCGGUUCCUGUGAACUACUACGGGAACUGCGUUGUACCUAUCAGCUUCUCUGGAGACAAAGCCAAGAUGUUUUCAGGAGAAGAUGGAUUCGUCAAUGCAGUGAAGAUUCUAAGCGAUUCGGUCAAUGGUUUGAAUUCACGUGGGGCUGAGUCAAUAUGGGAGUUGUACGAGGAAGGAUUAAAAAAGAUGGAGCUAGGUAGCACACAGAAGCUGUCCGUUUCCGGGUCUAACAAGUUUGGGAUAUACGGGUCGGAUUUUGGGUGGGGAAGACCCGUUAGUACUGAGAAUAUAUCCAUCAGCCACAAUGUUCUGUUUUCUAUGUCGGAGAGGAGGGAUGAGAUUGGUGGUGUGGAGAUUGGUAUGUGUUUGAAGAAAUGUGUCAUGGAUAGUUUUAUUUCUGCGUUUCAAAAUGGAUUGUAA